AUGAUUAAAACACCACCUUCUUCAAAGCCACCUUCAUUUCAGGAAGAGGAGGAGGUUCCUGUUGAUCCUUCUCCUGCUUCGGAACAACCUCAACAACAAUAUGCUGAGAAAGCAUUAUUGGAUCACUUGUUGGAACAAAGAAAGAGUCAUAACAAGGCAGGGUUGUCCUUAUCUGUGCUGCCGAUUAUUUUCGCUUUGACUUUUUGUCCACAUCCGAGUUAUUGGAUGUUUCUUUGUAUUUCAGCGGGUGAAAUUGUUUUUCAAAUAUCUUUGAAUGCCAUCAUUCCGAAAACUCUUAGGGCGUUUGUUGCAACUAACAUUUUACGAAUUUUUGGAAUGAUACUUGUUCAAAUACUAGUGUACACAAUUUUUGGUCCUUUCUUUCCUUAUCAUGUACUUUCUACCUUUAAAAUUCUCAUCACCACAAAGAAUUUUUGCUUUAAUUUGAAGCUAAUGUUGUUUUCGGGAUUCUCACUGGUUUUUGGAGCUUGUACAGCAAUGAUUAUUUCUUUUUGGAUAUGGAAACACAAUUUGCAUCAAGAGGACAUCAGUAACUUUUAUUCGAAACUGGCAGAAGUGUUUAUUCUACAAUGUGGUGUCACUCUUGGUGCCUACUUGUUCUCUGAUGCUUUGUCCAAAACGAAUCGAGAAUUCACCAGACAACAAGUAGAAAUUGCGAAGGAAAAGGUAAAAAGCUCUGAAAAAUCGAAAUUCAUUGCCAAUUUGAGCCAUGAAGCAAGAAAUCCUCUCCAUUGCAUUAUGGGAAGUUUACAAGUGUUGCACCACCAAUUCGAAGGAGAAAAGUGUUUACAUAGUUGUAAGCAUUGCUUCCUUAAAAAUGCAUCAAUAUCUGAAACCUUGGAAGAUAUUAAGGAAAAUGCAACGUUACUUUUGCACAUUUUGUCUUCAUCCUUACAAAUGAGCUCUCUUGAAAUUGGUUCAAUAGUCAUCAAGUCAGAACCUUUUUCAAUUGUAUCUCUGGUGGAUUCAUUGGUGGGUGUUUUUUCUCAUCUUGCUCACGAAAAGAAAAUUGUAUUGCAUGCAUUUUGCAAUGUCUCUGAAUUACCGUCAAUGGUAAAAGGAGACUCAAUUAGGAUCAGCCAAGUAUUGAUGAAUCUGAUUUCAAAUGCUAUUAAAUAUACAAAACAGGGAUUUGUGAGAGUGAAUUGCUGCAUUGCCACGGAACAAGAUAUAAAAGAUUGGGAAAAUGAAAGGCUCUCUCAAUCAAUUGAUCAUUCCUCAGGAACAACUUUUGUGAAAUUAGAAUGCAUAGAUUCUGGAUGUGGUAUUUCGCAAGAUCAAAUACAUACCUUAUUUCAACCCUUCCAUAUAAUUGAUAAGCACGAGGACAUUCAAUUAGGUUUUGAACAAUACUUUAUGCAAUCAGAAAAUAUUAACAAAUUGGGUGAUGGAGGAAGUAGUCUAAUAUAUACUAAUAGAAAUGGACUUGGCUUGAGCAUUGUAAAGCUGCUCGUUAACAAAAUGAAUGGACAAAUAACUGUUAAAAGUGUUGUGAACAAAGGAACCACUAUGACUAUUAUUUUACCACUAGAAAGAGUUGAGGACGUGUAUGAGCUCAAUAUUCCCAAAAAAGAUGCAGAAAUGAAUAUGACAAACACAGCCUGGAUCAUUGACAAAGAUGAAUGUUUUAGAGAUGUUUUGAAAUGUUAUCUGAAAUUAUUUAACCAAUUCAGAGAAAUAUUAGAGUUUGACAACAACCAAAACAUUUCCUCGUUACUAAAGACAACUUGUCCAGAUUUUUUAUUUCUUGAGGAGACAGAAUUUGAAAAUAUGCGAAAUAUAUCUCCCACCCUUAAUUUCAUUAUAACUUCAGACAGAGGAGCAAGACGAAAUUAUAUGGAAUAUCGAUAUCUUGCAAAGCCAGUGAGAUUUAAUGAGCUUCGAGAGGCAUUAAUAAUGUUGACAAAUGGUGAAUGCUCCAAUUCCAUGAAAAAAGAUAAAUCGAAUCAAGAUGAACACUUGAACAAAGAAUUUAUCCAUGAAUCUGACAUCAAAUUUGAUGAAUAUGUUGUGUUGCUUGCGGAUGAUAAUGAAAUUAACAGAAAAGUACUCGACAAGAUGAUGAAAAUCAUUGGCUUUAAGGAUAUUGAUCUUGCAAAGGACGGUAUGGAAUGCUUUGAGAAAUACAAACAAAAAUCAUACGAUCUAAUUCUAUUAGAUUGUGUUAUGCCAAUAUUGAGUGGAAAAGAAACAUGUGAAAUGAUAAGGAGAGUAGAACGUCAAGGAAACCAUACCAAAACAGCAAGAAUUAUUGCAGUCACAGCAAACACAUGGGAAUUAAGGGAGCAACUGCUUAAUCAAGGGUUUGAUGAAGUUGCAUACAAACCCAUUGUUUUAGACUAUCUGAAUAGCAACUCUAUUAUUUCGGAUCCGAAUGUGGACAGAUCUCAAUUAGAGCAGGAUUAUUUGGAUGUCCACAAGGCCACUCAUGAAAAAGCUGAUCUAGGUCAGGGCAUUGAACAAGAUGACGGUUUAAUGACAGCGAUUUUUGAAAUGAGCAUCCAAGAAAAAUUUCCAGUUGUGUGGAAUCAUCGAAAGGAAUAUGCUAACAGUUGUCAUUCGCUGCUCAUGAAUAACAACUUUGUAUUGUCCAUGUUGGAGGAAUUUAAACCCACGUCUGGAAACUUGGAAAAGGGUGACUUGAUUGCUUUUUUAUUUGCCAAAUUGAAAGUUUUGGAUUUAGAAAAUGCUUAUUAUCCAAAAGUUCGUUCAUUCUAG